AUAGUCAUGGAUACACCUUUUAUUAUUAUUAUGGCUGUUGUAUGGUAUUACACUAAUAUGCAAAUGUCCCGUUUCAGUCCAAUUAAGAGCAAAACUGCCCCAAUCCCAGCCACCCAGCACUGGUACGGGAUGUGCCCUCCCAUCAGCGAGGCUCUGCCCGCAGAGGAAGACCUGAUCCGGACCAAACAGCUGAUCGAUAUUCUGAAAUCAUGUGAUGUGUUUGCGGACGACCCGGAGCUGCAACACCGAGAGAAAGUUGUGAAACAGCUGGAGUCACUUUUUAGGGAGUGGCUCACGGAAAUGUGUGAAGAACUGAACAUACCUGAUUAUGCAACAGAAAAGGUUGGAGGCAAGAUCUUCACAUUCGGAUUCUAUCUUCUGGGGGUCGACUCCAAAGGCGCUGAUAUCGACGCCCUCUGUGUUGGACCCGGAUUCCUCAAGAGGAACCACUUCUUCACCUCCUUCUUUGAGAAGCUGAGAGCUCAGAAGGAGGUCAAAGACAUACGGGCCGUUGAAGAUGCUUUUGUCCCCGUCAUCAAAAUGUCUUAUGAGGGAAUUGAGAUCGACUUACUCUUUGCUGGAGUGCGCCGCAAAUGUGUCCCCGACGAUAUUAAUCUUCUCAACAGCAUCUGGCUGAAGGACGCCGAUGUAAAAUGCGUCAGGAGUCUCAAUAGCUACAGAGUUACAGAAGAGAUCCUGAGGUCUGUGCCAAAUGUCGACAACUUUAAACUGGCUUUGAGAGCCGUCAAGCUGUGGGCCAAACGUCGAAACAUUUACUCCAACGUGCUGGGCUUCUUGGGAGGUGUGUCAUGGGCCAUACUGGUAGCCAGAAUCUGCCAAGUUUACCCAAACGCUACAGCGUCCACCAUUGUCAUCAAAUUUUUUAAAGUUUACAACAUGUGGGUGUGGCCAGUCCCGAUAGAGUUGAAGAGUCCGGAGAACUGCUGCUUCGACCUUCCUGUUUGGGAUUCCAGGAUUAAUCCAAGUGACCGCAGCCACUUGAUGCCUAUCAUCACCCCAACGUACCCGCAGCAGAACACGGCCUUCAACGUGUCCCGCUCCACCUUUGCCGUCAUGAUGGAGGAGAUCCAACGAGGCUACGCCAUCACUGAGGAUAUACAGAAGAAGAAAGCUGACUGGUCCAAACUGUUUGAAACGCCAGACUUUUUACAGAAGUACCAGUAUGUAUUAAGCUGCCCAAAGAUGAAAAUGUGGAUUGUCCUCCACAGAAUACACUCAGAUAUAUGGCACUUUAUAAAAUAUGUUUGUAAUUGGCAUUUUGUCCUGUUGCAUGCUUCUUCAGCCACAGAGAAGCAGCAUCUCGAAUGGGUUGGCCUGGUUGAGUCUAACAUCCGACUCCUGUUAGGAAAUCUGGAAAGAAGCAUCCAUGUCAACCUGGCUCACAUUAACCUCCAGUCCUUCUCUGGACCCAGCAAGCUCAAUGCCAAAGAGGGAAAGAGCACAAAGUGGCUGAUUGGACUGGCCGUUAACACGGAGGAGUAUAAAAACCUAAAAAAAGACCUGACCACCCCCCUCAUGUGCUUCACUGAGACAGUCUACAGUCUGGCAGAGAGCUGUAAGAUGUACAAAGAGGGGAUGACCGUAUCAGCCACAUACCUGGCCAAGGACAACCUCUGGUGGCAGAUGCCCGGCGGACAGUACAAAAGAGCUUUUGUUCCAAAACCAAAGCCCACAGUGAGCCGUCAAAUCCCUGCCACCGCACCAGCUGGUCCCACAGCAGCAGGCCAACCAGCCGCUAAGAUAAAAGGCUGCUGGCAACCGGAGGUGUCAGCCAAGACGUUCAAAGCUGACACGGAAUCGGCAUCUGUGGCUCACUGCUCCACGUCCAUCCAACCGGCUGCAACCUCUACUACACAGGACAGAAAGAGAGCUCGUUCUCCUCACCCAGAGACUUCAUCCAAGAGGUUCAGAUCUGGUGAGGAGCCACCCAAAGGCCCCUGCUCUGAGUCCUCAGGUGUCUCACUCAGUGUGAGUCCGUCUCAAAGUGUGAGCCGGCCGAGCACCAAGAGACCCCGCGCUCCUGAGCCCGAGACAACAAGCAAGAGAGUCAAAAUUGACCUGAAUCCGCCCCCUGUCGAGCUGUCGGACCUGCCUCCCGUCCUCACCAGGCCGGCUGCAGCUGUAAAACGGGCCAUCAGGAUUCAACUCGUCAGCAAACGUAACUGAGGCAGCUGCUGAUCAAGAG